AUGAUUCAGGAGAUUGUUCUCGACGGAUUGAUGGCAGGACUUUUCGGCUUUGCUGGAGCUUGGCAGCUUUACUUGGCCUUCACCGACAACCUGUCGAUGAGCAAGUUUUAUCUUAGUGAAGGCGAUGGCCCACAGACAGGAUUCCUCUGCCCGACCGACAAUUACGACAACACCGUCCACUGUCGCCUCUGGCAGACUCAAUUGGUUGCCUGCCUUGCCUGUGCAGUCAUCUUUGCCAUCGUCACACUCGUCUGGACCAUCUUGUUCCGCCGUCGUCCUCUGGCGUUUAAGGAUCUUCCCGAGUCGCUCAAGGAGGAUGAGAUGAUCACGUCGCCCAGGAUGGAGGAGGCCGCCAAGCGGGAGGAGGAAGAGGAUAGGAGGGAGGAGAUCACAGCUAUUGCUGCAGAGGCCGAGAGACGAGCAGCUCUAUCGCGGGUCAAGCCCCAGACCAGGCCCACUCACCCUUACCAGCAACAGUUUCAACAACAAUACCCCGUGAGUCGCGUUGCUGCACCAGCACACCUGCAACAUCAAAACUCGGCCUCCUACCUCAAUCAGGGCUAUGACUCUCGCGAAUCUCCUCUUCCUCCGACCAGCUACAGCAACGACGACGGCGACACCUACUACAACAACAACUACGCCCAGCAGCAGCAAGGAUAUGAGAUGACCAACACCAACCAGCAGGGAUACGGACGUCUCGGGGGAGCAACGCCAGCAGCAGGACCUGGACUAACCGCGCGUGGAGGAACGCCUCUCGGAAACCCAUACUCGGAGGACCCUCUCGCUUCCGCCGGCAUUCAUGCCGGCGUGAACAACCCCGCUUCUAACAACAACACCGGAUACUACCCUGUGAUCGCCCCUGGCACCUCUCAAAUGCAGCAUACCGCCGCCUACGAUGACAAUACCAACAGUAACGAGUAUGCUUACGGACAGUUCACUCCUGGCGAAACCUUUGACGACCCCUCCUCUCAGGAGGCGCAGGCGCACUUGGCCUAUGCCAACCAAUUGCGGGAACAGCAACUGUAUCACGAGCAGAUGGCUGAGGCGCUCCAAAAGCAGAAGCAGCAGAGAGUUAUGAAGCAGCAUCAGCAGCCUUAUGACGAGAGUAGAGUGCCUCACUCAGGAUCCACCGCCAACUUUUAUCCUAAGCCCACCUCGCACAGUUCCAGUAUGCCACCGAUCUCAAACGGAUCCACUAACAUUGUUGCCGGCGGAAACUCGACUUCAGCGAUGACGGCCGCGCCACUUUCUCGACGCAGCGGCGACUUUGCCUCUGCUGGUGCAUAUGCACGUCCGCCCAACACAUCUUCCAGCCUUCAGCAUUCUGGAAUGAUCACGCCUGGUGGCUCCAACCUUAGCGAGACUCGGAUUGCAGGAAGCCCACAAUUAUACGACGAUACGGCGACUAUCCCCGACUCUCAGUACUCGUAUGACCGGUACAGGACUGAGGUCCUCGGAGACCUCCGUCCUCCGAACACCCGGGCGGCAACUGCACCAGGAGCGCCUCAGGAGUCGCCAGGAACUGAAUACCACGACUACAAGGUCCAAGUGUCAAGCCCAGUGGCGGACCCAAACAGAGUCUCGACAGGCAGUAGCUAUGGUGCAGGGCCCCAGAUGCAGAAUCAAGGAUAUGUCCCUCCUCCCACCAAGUCCAGAACUAUGUGGUCAUAA